CAUGCUGAUGAGUCGGUGUUAGAAUGUGGGCGUUGCGGAAGCAAGAAACACAACAGGAACGCUUGCGGCUGGGCGAAAGCUAGGUGUUACCGCUGCGGUGGAUACGGCCAUCUGGCCAAGAUGUUCCAAAGCGACGUGCGAAAAGGACGCUUAAAGGCACGUUCACAAUGCAGACAAGGAGAAGCUUUCGCAGUAACAGCGGAUGUAAAAAGGGAAAAAGUAGACGAUGACGAUGCGCACAUUUGGACAUUAACCGCGCCAUCGAAAGGUCAGCUGUCACCUCCUAUUCGUCGUACUUUCACAUGGUGUGGCAUUGACGUACCCAUGAUUGUGGACACCGGUUCACCCGUCUGUGUCGUGUCCAGAGAGCUGUUUGAGAAAAACCGUGAACAGUGGCCGCCAUUAACACCCGCAUGUAUCAAACUGUCCUGUUAUCUUGGAGAGCUGCCAGUAUUGGGGAAAUUGAGUAUGCCGGUGUUCUACAACGACAAGGAGGUCAAGAGUUCUUUGAUAGUCCUGAACUGUUCAGGUCCGAGCCUCUGCGGACGAGAUUUGAUUGCCAAGUUCAGCGAUGCAGGAUCCUCGGUACUCAACGUAUCAGUGCAACAAGGUCCUGGUCCAGGAAGCAGCCGUACCCCAACCAUGGAUGCUGUCCUGUCAGAGUUCCAAGACGUCUUCAGCACCGAGCUGGGUCUAAUCGACGGGCACCCUGUCCAUUUGAAGCUCAAGGAAGGAGCCACGCCGAAGUUUUACCACCAGCCGCUCCUGGGCCUGCUGAAGGCGGACCGACCAACUCCUGCAUUGGCAGCCGCUAGAAUACAGCGCUGGGCACUGUACCUGGGCGGAUUCCGCUAUCAGCUUCAAUACUGUCCUGGGCCAGCCAACGAACCAGACGAUUGGCAACUGUCAUCACCUGAAGCUGACGUGUACGCCCGCAACUUCGGAACGGGAGAGAAAUGGACGCCAGGAAUUGUACAGUCCAAAAUAGGUUCUCGGAUGGUUGCCAUACGAACGCCGGCCGGAUCAGUACGACGACAUGUUCACCAGGUGCGGAAGCGGGAAAAUUCUCCGCCACCGCUUGGUACAGAUCAAGAAGCGGGAAAUCAAGCAUCAAGAACAGGUACUCCUAGUGACUACCCACAAUCGCCGAGACCGUCAGCUGAACAAGGGGGCAUACCCGAACCAGAGCAUGAAAUCCAACCGGAACUCGCAGCGAGCAACGCUGCCACGGAUGAGCCCGACAGCCCACCCCAAGCUUUGCGGCGCUCUACACGUCAAAGAAAACCUGUACAGCGACUCCAGUAUUAA